AUCGCGGGAUUAGAGGCGAGACUUCCAAGCCAGAAGGAGCCCGUUGUUGAACCAGCAGAGCGGCAGGGAGCGGAGUGAGGGAAACAAGUCGGGGUUUGUUACAGGGAGCAGACCUCAGCUGUCCACUAUGUCACUAUCCCGGUUGGUGGGACGAAAACACGGACGAGUUCGCGGUUUCCGGUGAUUUUUCAACCGCCGGCAGGUUGAAGAGGUUUUUAUUUUUGUCGGGUAGGUAAACCGGAGGGAAAUGUCUCACUGGAUGUGGAGUCCGCUGCUGCUCUUCUUCGUGUGUGAAGUACAAGCUCAAGUAGAAAACCGCGUGACGUUCCUGCCGGGGGCGUUCCAGAACGUGAACGUCUCUCUGAACGAGACGGUGGAGGCCGUGGUGACCCGGAUCCCUCCGGACGUGGCCUUCAUCACGCUGCAGUUCCACACGCUGCACCGCAACGCCACGCUCUCCUACACCAGGACCCCAGAUGAAGGUCUUUUCCUGUCGGCCGUGGACUCUGGGCUCCUCUCGGCUCUGCAGCCGGCCCAAACCCUGCUCUUCUUGUUCCUGUCUUCUCCCGACGAGGAACCCGUCUCUGGGACCGGAGUCAUCCUCUCUUACUCAAGCGCUGCGCCGGUCCCUGGAGCCUGCAGCAUGGAGUCCAGCCUGGACGUGGAUCCCAACGUCUACAUCAGCUACAACCUGUACGAGACCACCGUCCGCUUCGGCCCCGCUAAUUUAGGAUACGAGAGAGGUCAAACCCCGGCAGCCUGCGACACGUCGACAGCAAGCGACACGCGGUGGCGCCUGGAGUACGACGUCUACCAGUACUUCCUGCCCGAGAGCGACCUAUCAGAGAGCAGCCUGUUCAGGGGCCUCCAGGCUGUCGCCGACGCCCGAGGCAUGGCGGCGAGCGGCAGACUGGUGGUGACGCUGAGGUCGACGGACAAGACGGCCAUGGCGUUCAGCUCCAUCCCCGGUCAGGGCGUCAUCUACUCCGUCAUCGUCAGAGACCCCGUGUUGAACACCUCCGCCUCCUACGUUCCUGCCCACACCUACGCCUGCAGCUUCACCUCCACUCUGGACGGCUGUCACACGCUCGGAAAAAUAUCGACAAAAGUCUUCUUCACCAUCGCUGGCCUGGCAGGCUUGUUUGUCUGCUUUUUCGGCCAUCGAUUCUUCAAAUGUGAGCUGUUCUGCAUGGGAUUCAGCUUCGCUGCGUUUUUCUUCUUCGUUCUCAUCACAAGGACCACGCAGCUGGACUAUGACAUCCGGCUGACCGUGUCCGCUGUGGUGGGUGUGGUGGGCGGCGUCGUCCUGGUGAUGAGCUGGUGGCGCUUCGGCUCCGUCAUGGCCUGCGUGGUCGUGGUCGGCCUGAUGCUGGGCUUCCUCGUUGCUGCCACCGUCCUCUUCACCCCGCUGGGAGACCUCGAAGUGUUCAGGAACUCGGACGUGGUUUUCUGGGUGACGUUCUGCUGCAUCAUGGUCACACUACCUCUUCUCUUUGUGCGGUGGCCCAGAGAGGGAAACAUCGUGACGUGUGGCGUCGUCGGGGCGUACGCCGUGGUGCUGGCCGUCAACGCCUACAUCUACACCAGCCUCUCUUACAUCACGCUCAACAUCCUGAAGCGUUUCCUCAACAACAACUUCAGCGCCGCCUUCACGGACACGCCGUUCCAAACCAUUGACUACGCCAUGAUCACGGUGUGGGUGGUGCUGGGCGUGUGCGGCGUGGUGCUGCAGCUGUACCGCGAGCGCUCGCGGCCCUUCUUCCCGCCCAGCCCGUACCUCAUGUGGCUGCAGGAGCGCGAGCGCCGCAAGACCAACGUGCUGGACCCGAGCCACCACGUGCCCUCGCUGCCCGGGCGCCUGGCGGAGAGGGUGCGGCAGCUCAUCGGGCGGAGGGAGCCGGUGGGCGAGCACACGCCGCUGCUGCUGUGACAGCCGUCGCUGCCAUGCUGCCACCUGCUGGUAGUUUUGCAGAGUCGCGGCGCAGACGGACAGCACUGAAUACACGCGACUGAAGAUCUGCAGAAAGAUCAAAAAUCCUUCAACCACUACCUUUUUACUCAGCUCUUUUUUUAAAGCAACACAGAUUUUUACCUGCACAAUGAAACGUGGGAGCCGCCAUCUUUCUUUCCUUCACUUCCUUUUGGAUCAGGAUCCAGAACUCUGGAGGCUUUCAAAUGCUUCCUCCAAUCAAGACUAAACAUGUAAACAAGUCCUCCCUCUGCAGAUCGCUUCAUAUUUUGCACACUGGAUUAUAUUAAAUUAUAUGAUGUUAUAUUGUUUUGUGCUGUGAUGCUGUGUUUGAAACAUUACAGAUUUGGUUUUAUUCAUUGAAAUGUUUUACUAUCAGACAAAGAUAACAUUGAUGAACAAAAAGCGCUUCUCAGAUCGUGACUUCAGUUAUUUGCGGAAAAAAAAUGAUCCGAGCCCAGCUGGCCCACAGCAUCUCAUUUGUCAAGACUUUGACUAGGCCCAAAUUAUUAUUUUAUUCCAUUUUGGAGUAACUUCGAUAGGGCAGCCACUCCUAGGACUGCUUUCCUUCUUUCUCUCCAGACUGAAGGAUGUUAUCAAGUCCUGAUCGUUUCCAUCCUACUUCAUGUUGCUAAGCAGGUUCUAAUGAAGUUCAUAUUCAACAAAUUUGAAAAAUAUUAUUCAUUAGGUCGUUAUGUAUUUCCCCAGCUUAUCUGUUUGAUAAUAGAGGAAUUUGAUCUGAGAUGUGCGAAUGUGACAACAGUUCAUCGCAGCACCUGGUUGCCAUGGCGUUUCUCAGGGGUUUUGACACAGCUUUUAGACCGAUGAGUACUGAUGACACAUGAUUAGAUUUCUGAAGCAAUUGAAUGUUUCAGGGUUUGUUUGUUUUGUUCAGACAAGCCAACAUGUUUGUAAGAUUAACCUAUUUGAAUUUUAAUGUAUUGAUAUUUAAUAAAAUGCCUUCAAUGUUA